AUGUUGCCAGUAAAUGUUACAGGACCUUGGUAUCCUAAUUAUGGUAUGCAACUGGCUUUAGAAAUCAGUAAAUGGCUACGCAGGACCAAACGGUUUCUUGGACUCUUAAUUGCUGGACUCAUAGCAGCAGUGACUGUAAUUGCCUCUGCAACUGUAUCUGUAAUAUCCUUACAUAAAAGUGCCCAAACGGCAUCCCAUGUAAAUAAAUUAGCUCAUAAUGUAUCCAAAGUGUUUGCCACUCAAGAACGAAUAGACCGUAAAUUGGAAGCCCAAUUAGAGGCACUACAAGAAGCAUUAAUGUAUCUUGGUGAUCAGUUUGCUGUUUUGCAUACCAGACUUUCUUUAAUUUGUCAUGAUACAUAUAAGCAUAUCUGUGUUACCCCUUUAGAGUAUACCAAUGUAACAUGGGGACAAGUGCGUCAUCAUUUACAAGGGGUUUGGCAUGAUGCUAAUACUAGCUUAGACCUCUUACAGCUACAAGAAGAGAUAAAUGUUGUUGCAAACAUGGCUGAACAUGGACUUGCACCUACUCUUACUGAAAUACCUCCUAUAGUUCCAGUUAUCAAUGGGGACUCCAUGCAACAGAUUAUAUUGGUGCAAGUUAACCCUGGGGAGACCCUCACCCUCAAGUCUGAUGAUGGGAAUAUUCAGAAUAUCCAAGGACCCGCUGAUGUACCUCUAAUGUCACCAAGUGGCACUUUGCCACCAAUAUAUCUUCCUCCUGGUUACAUGUCUCAGGUGGUGGAAGAAAAUGGCAUUCGCAAAAUUAUCAUUGUGCCUCAGACAAUUGACUAUCACACAACCAUGCCUGCUCCUAUACAACAAGUACCACACUUCAUUACACCAUCCUCUCCUAUAUAUCCACAAGGUGCUCAACUUAUGCAUCCCCCAGCUCAAGGGGAGUUUCCACCACCUUACAUCCAAGAGCCUAUGCCACAGCAGCUGCCACCACCACCGCUGCCACCACCACCGCUACCACCACCAGCAACACUUAUAUACCACGAGCAACAAGAAACUUAUUCCCAUGGAAGAGCAAAUUAUAACCAGUUUGAUGAAAGGGCUGCUAAAAUGGAAGAACAUAUGAAGAAAAAUCUGGGAGAAUGUAAAGGUGGCGUACACAAUAGCUAUAUGGUUAACAACACCUCUUUGUUUGUGAUCAAAACCAAUGAUUUCUCCAGUAUUCCUCCUACACCAAGCACUUACACUGUGGACUAUGCUCCAAGUACCUACACUGUUGACAAUACCUUAAGCACCUACACUGUGGAAAAUACUACACAAACCUACACUGUUGAUAAUACAUCAAGUGCCUACACUGUAGACAACACUUCAAGCACUUUCACUGUGGACAACGGCCCAAGUAUGUACACUGUAAACAGUGCUCAGAACAUUUACACUGCUGACAAUACUCUCAGUACUUACACUGUUGACAACCCUCAAAGCACUAACAUUGCUGAUAAUACUCCUAGCAAUUCUUCCACUGACCAUGUGCCUAGUACUCUCACUACAGACAGUGCUCUUCCUUCCACAAUUGAUAGUGUUCCAAACCCUUUCAGCACUAAUUAUGUCCCCACGCCUUCCACUUCUGACAGCACUCCCAAACCAUCACCUAUUGACAGCACUCCAAGCCCUUCCAUUUCUGGCCAUGCUUCUAACACUCCCAUCUCUGAAAGUGCUCCCAGCACUUCCAUCUCUAAAAGUGUUCCCAGCACUCCCAUUUCUGAAAGUGCUCCCAGCACUUUGGCCAUUGACAGUGAUCUCACUGCUUCCAAUGCUGCCAGCAAUUCCAACACUGUCAGUGCUCAUGUUGAGACUAGCCAUGGAAAGAAAUGGAGUGCUACAAGAAGUAGAGACAUCAAGCAGAAACCAGGUGGAAAACAAAACAAAGCAUCAUCAAAUGCUGCAGAAAAAGGCAAGGUUUCUGAUAUUCAAACAAGAUCUGCUGUUAUUUCAUGGAAACUACAUGGUUCUAAGAAGUGUAAUCACACCAAAUCUCCUGUGACAUUUGAACUGGCAAUCUCUAACAGUGGUUGUGAACCAGACCCUCCACCUGCACCCAAACUAAUUAACCGAUCCAAGAGCAGCCUGAAUUUACAGUGGAAAGGUUCCAAUGAUAAUGGUUCCAAAAUAAAUGGCUUCCUUUUGGAAUGGGAUGAGGGCAAAGGUGAAGACUUCAAAAGUUGCUAUAUGGGUACCAUGAAACAGUACAAAAUCCUUAAACUAAAUGCUUCUACAAAAUAUUCAUUCAGAAUAGCUGCCAAAAAUAACUUUGGCUUGAGUGAUUUCAGUGAAAUAGCAGUUUUCCAUACAUCAGGAACUAUGCCUCCAACACCUUUACCUCCUAAGCUAAAAGAAGCAGGAAUCUGUUAUUUGUCACUAGAAUGGUGUGCUCCAACUAACACAAACCCAAAUGACAGUCUUACUUAUGUACUAGAAAUGGAGGAAGAAGGAUCUCCUUCAGAUAUAUUGACUAUUCAAACACCUAAUCUUUCUCCUGCAUCUUGCCAUCCUCCACCCUUGAAUGGUGCGGCAAAGACCAGAGAAAACAACAUCAAAUGUGACAAUCCUCCUACUAAUGGAAACUCGGAAGCAUUUGCAAAUGUCAAAAAGGCAGAAGGUAACCAAGAUGACAAACGAAGGCAUCCUGGCUCCAAAGUGAGAUGCACAUCUGGAGCUCAUUCAAUGAAGUGUGAAAGUGCACCAAUUCCAAGCCCUCCUUCUCAAUGUGGUACACCUGUGGUAACCUGCAAGGGUCCAACCUGCAUUGCUGUUAGUUGGGAGAUUCCUGUAUGUAAUGGUGCCAAAAUCACAGAUUACAGACUAGAGUGGGGGAAAGCUGAAGAAUCGAUGCACUUGAUAUAUACUGGCCCUUGUCUGAGCUAUGAAGUUAAAGGUCUCAUUCCUGCAACUACAUAUUUUUGCAGAGUUCAGGCUGUAAACGUAGCUGGAGUUGGACUGUUUGGAGGAACUGGCAGAGUAACCACAUCAGCAACUGUACCAGCAGUAGUACCAAUGCUACAUGAAGUUGAAAACAAAGUUCCUGCCAAAUUGGCAUCAUCUUGCAUUGCUAUUAAAUGGGAGGAACCAGAUUGCCAUGGCUCUCCAAUCACUGGAUAUAACAUUGAAUACGGAGACAGAAAAAUUCAGACUGUUGAUAGAGUAACAGAAUGUCUUCUGAAAAACCUACAGCCUGAUACCACAUACAUAAUCAGAAUUCAAGCCAUCAAUCAUUAUGGACUAAGCCCUUUUAGCCAAUCAAUAAGAACCAAAACCAAGCCACUACCACUUGAUCCUCCACAUCUUGAUUGUGUGGUCUAUGGACACCAGAGCCUCAAACUGAAAUGGGGUAACUCUUCAAGCAAAGGAUUACUUUCCAACCUUAUAAGCUACAAUUUGUUAAUAGGAGAUAGAUCUGGCAAGUAA